AUGACACCCUCGUCACUCCUCCGAUUCUCACAGGGCUUCAAAGCCUCGCGAUCAACUCGCCCCUCCGAAGUAAGGCUCAGAGCAAGCGCUCGGCCGCUAUCCACAACCCCAUGUCGUUUCGCCUCUGGACAAGAUCCUGAUCGUCAUCCACACCCUCAGCGAGAUGCACAACUGGACCGCCAAAAGAUGGAUCCUGAGCGGAACGAGUACGCCAAGUCAAGCACCGACGAGACCGCGGCGGAAAAUGAAGAUGCGGCUUUCAAUCCAAACAUCACCGACCCCGAAGAGGCGCGAAAGAAGGCCGGGGAAGGAAACCAGGUUAACCCCCUAGACUCGAGCCCCGCAAACCCCGAUCUCAGCACGGGCACGGCAGAAGAGAAGGGAGGGUCCAAGAAGAAGAUGUCGGAAGGGGGCGGUGGAAGAGCUGGAGGUGGCGACGCCGGUAAAGGGGAAGAGAGUGUGUAA